CCUCCGCCCCUUUUCGUCUGUCAUCUCAACGCCGAGCAGUUCCGUAUUCUGCUGCUGUACUUUUUUUCAUGUACAGUUACCCCGCAUCACGUACACUGUAUGUGUUCAGAACGUACCGUCACCAACAUGGACUCGUGAUAUUUGGGAAGACCAAGAGGGUGAAUAUGCUUUCUACUUGGUACCAUGUCCCUGACCUUGCUUAACAUGAGGGCCCUCCAUGAAGCAUCCCAACGGAGUGGCAAAGUAACCUCACUCCCAUGAGAAGUACACCACCACCCACCACCACCCCAACGCACUGAGCUCAACAUCCCAUCCUGCGGGUCGCGAGGUCCCCCACCUCAUCCCCACCCACGCCCUGUGACCACCCAAGAUGGCCACUGCCCAUAGGAAGCAUCUCGUCAAGGACUUCAACCACUUCAUUACCUGCUACGUGUGUAAAGGUUAUCUGAUCAAACCCACGACUGUCACAGAGUGUCUGCACACUUUCUGCAAGAGCUGCAUUGUCCAGCACUUUGAAGAGAGCAACGAGUGUCCCAAAUGUGGCAUCCAGGUGCACGAAACAAACCCUCUGGAAAUGUUGAGGCUAGACAACACUCUGGAGGAAAUCAUAUUCAAACUUGUCCCCGGACUCAGAGAAAGUGAACAGCAACAGGAGAUGGAAUUCUGGAAAAGGAAUAAGUCGAGAGAAAAUGGAGAAGACGGCUGCCCCAGGGCCAAGAGAGCUCGUCUGGACGAAGAUGAAGAGGAAGAUGAUGGUACUGAUAAGGACUAUCACCGUAGUGACCCACAGAUCGCCAUCUGUCUGGACUGCCUGCGUAAUAACGCCCAGGUCGGAGAGAACACCGUCAAGGGCUUAAUGAAGAAGUUCAUCCGCUGUUCCACGCGAGUCACUGUCGGAACAAUUAAGAAGUUUCUCAGUCUGAAGCUGAAGCUUCCGAGUUCGUACGAGCUAGACGUUCUAUGCAACGGUGAGAUCAUGGGAAAGGACCACACCAUGGAGUUCAUCUACAUGACUCGGUGGCGGCUGCACGGGGAGAAUGCCUACCCCAUGGUACUGGAGUACAGGCCACGGAUCGACUUCGGUUAGCCAAUGAAAAUAAGCCUGGAGGCCACUUCUGCACUAACUUCAGCCCAUUGGUCGACAGCACAAUGAAUGGACACACCCACCAAGUGGAAUCAGAACAUAUUCUCACACAUGUUUUACUUCCUGAGGCCUUGACCUGAGACUUUUCUCUUUAAUGUUUUUUUAUGUAUAUUUUUGGAUUUCCAGUAUGUCGAAUUCCAGCAGUUUUUUUUUUUUAAAUCCAUCUCAGUUGGACAGAGAGAACAGAAGAACUGAUAAUGGAAUUUGGGAGAAGAAACCCAUCUCACAUCACAAUAAAAUGGUUUGAUUUUGUUUUUAAUUUUUCACUGUUUUAUUUUUUUAAAUUUGUUUAUCUUUUUGCUCCAUGCAGCACACAACACGAGAGAAAGAGAGAUGGAAUGGCCUCACAAGAUAAUGUUAUCAUUACAUGGCCAGAGUUGUUCAUCACCAACCAGAGCCAGUGGUGGCAGGUUAUGUGUUUGGUCUGAGAUUAGCAUCGAUGCCGCUAGCAUAGCGCUCAAGUAUCAUGUCCAGAUGCAUCUGCUCAGCGUUCUGUCUGUGAUCACAGUGCCUUUCUCUUCUGGUAACUUUUCCUAUGGAUACCUUCAAUGUAUCUCAAGUAAUUCCCAGCUUGUUAAUCACGAUGACUGUGUUAUGGUAUAUAGCCUACUACAGUACAUAUCCAGUGUGUAUUCACCCACAUCUGCAUUAUCUCCAGUGCACUCAGACAAAGUGCAAUGACACCAUAUGUCUCAUGACCUUACCAUUACAAGUGCCAUAUUCUAUCAGUGUAACACUGCAUAGAAAGGUGCAUACUGUAUCCAAAGGUUAAUCCUUUCAAGUAGUAAUAGCUAUAUACAGGCAGCAUAAUGUUAUGGUAAGCAGUACUAUACAGGGAAGAAUGCAGUAAAAAGCAUUGUGUGUUCAUUUUAAACACAUUCCUGACAGCAUGUGUAAGCCUGAAAUCCAUGUUUAUGUAUGUUAUGAAGUACUGCUUUUGUGCCUAUUUUGCAUCAUUUGAGAUGCUGAAAAUGCUUCUAGGUGUUCAAAGGGUUACCCCUUUUCGGUCCAACAACCCAUGAUCUAUUUUGUGUUUGUGUUGCCUCUUGUCGAUCUUUUGCAUUGUUGUCAGACCCAGAGGAGUCAGUUGCCACCAUCUUUGGCCUUGCUUAUAACUACAGCAUUCAUGACUUCCAACAAAGACAUUAACUCACAAAAUGUCAAUAAUCUCUUCUCUACAUACAGUAGAACAAUUGCUUGAAUGCUGGGCAACAUCUGCCCGUGGGUUAAGCAGAAAAAACACCCAACACCAAACCCUUGCUAAUUGCCUAUUCCAUAGCACUCCAUUCCACCAUUAAAUCAGUAACACAUAGAGGACUUGAUAGGAUCCAAUACUAUGUGGCAAAUGGAAGCCGUUUUGAGUUUGUUUGUAAAAUACUGGGAUGUCUGACACUCCGUCUGCACUAUGACCUUGGAUUUGUACUGUUUGUAUAUAUAGGUGAUCUACAAAGAGGCAUGCUCUGAUGUCCUAGUGGUUGAUACCGUUGUGUUACACUACUGCAGAAGAUGUUUUUUGUUGAAAAUGCUGUAGUAGUGGUUUGAAAUGUUUGUCUUUACCCCCAAGCGCCUAUGUUUCUACUGUUUAGCUUCUGAAGACUUGUGUUUUUUUUAUCGUUUUUUUUUUUUUUUUUUUUUUUUACAUUUUAUUUCUGUUUUCACUGUAAUGGGCAUUUUGGUCAAAUUAACUUGAAAUGCCUCGUUAGUAUUCAAGAGGUGUGAAGAACUGUCCUACCUUGAUUUAAUGCCUAUAGGUCUCCCAGAUACUGAAGUUCUUAGCAAUACAUUGCUGAAACAGGAUUUAUUUGACUUUGUUGAGAAGUGCUCAAGGUACUCAAAGACAAACAGGAUUCAACAUCAGUUUCAGUAAUAAUUCAUUCACAUGUGGCAUGACUUUCCACCUUGUUAAGCUUUGAUAACCAGUGUCAUGCAUGUCAUGUCAAGUUCAUGUCAUCUUAGAAGUACUAAUCAUGUCUAAAGGAAUUAUGGAAAGAUCCAGAUGAUUCUUCUGAAAUUCAUUAUCACUUUCCGAACAGGAUUUAUAUGUACAUUCUAAAGGCCCAUUCACACCAAGAACAAUAACGAUAAAUAUUGUUAAUAUGAAUGACGAUGUUCACACAUAAACUAUAACGAUAUGAA